GAGGCCGGAAACGAAGAACAAAGUUUCGACUAGUUUGCUUUCCACGGCAGAUUCCUCCGUCAAUCCUUUGGCUCGUACGAUGGAUGAGAGAGCCAUGUCCCCUGGUCGCGCACCUCAAAAUCGGCACCCAGGGCCUCCUCGAUCGGCGGAGAUCGAUGCGGCCGGCGCUGUGCGUGUGCGCACGACAGGGCAUCGCUCGAGUAAACUCCGCCGUACUCAUGCAGCUGAAACAAAUGGCGCCACCUGCCAGCAAGGUGAUGUUUCUCAUGGUGCCCAAAAUACGAGAGAACAACUUUCUUUCGAGAAUCUCCCAGAGGACAUCGUACAUCUUAUACAUUCUCUUCUGCACGUGCAAGAUGCUGCUCGCUCUGCCUGUGUGUCUCGUGUACUUCUACGUUCCUGGAGAUGCUACUCCGACCUCAUGCUCGCUGACCGUACACUUGGCUUGACUGACAAGAAAUCGGAAGAAAUAGAAACCAAUCUGAUCGACAAAGUUGACAGAAUUAUUGAAAACCAUUACCGCAAUGGGGUGAAGGUGAAAACACUUGACCUUGAUCUUUUCGGUUACAACAAUAUCAAUGCCUCCUACCUGGACAGGUGGCUCCAUAUCUCUGUUAAAUCUGGGAUCGAAAUCGAAGUACUAAACUUAAUAAUGUAUCCUUUCAUGGAUGAUAGCUACUACAGCUUCCCAUCUUCGGUUUUGUCCGAUACGGCAGCUGCAAGUUCGAUUCAGUCCAUUUUCCUCAUGUAUUGUGCUUUCUGUCCCACAUCAACACUUGGCUGCUUGAAAAGGCUGAAGAGUUUAGAUCUUUCAAGGGUCCGCAUUACUGACGAAGGACUAGGACACUUGCUUUCAAAAUGUUUUGCCCUAGAGCGGCUGGUGGUGAACGGAUGCACUGGCAUAAUUUUCUUGAGAAUACCUUGUACGCUGCAGCAGCUCAAGCUCCUUCAUAUUACAACAUGUGAGACGAUGCAGGUGAUAGAGAUCGAUGCUCCAAAACUUUGCACUUUAUACUAUAGUGGGGGGCCUCUGGUAGAAAUCUCUAUCAAAAAUUCUUCCCAACUUAAGAAUGUAUCUUUUUGGUUUAACUACUUGUUUGCACCUGGCAUUCUAUCUUAUGCUCGUGCCAGGCUUCCAUCCAUCACACCAAAUGUUGAGAGUCUUACCCUGCGCUCUCAUAAAGAGAAUGUUGACACUCCAAUGCUGUCCUCCAAGCUCAUCAACCUCAAGAAGUUGGAAAUUGGACUCUGCGCAUCUGUACAGGCCGUGUCCCCAAGUUAUGAUGUCUUCUCUCUUCUUUCUUUUCUUGAUGCUUCUCCGGCCUUGGAUUCUUUCUUGUUGUCUGUAAGUCGCUGUCCACAUCUCCCGGGCCUAUCUAUCACAUAA